UCAUAAUAAUAGAUAUCAGCAGCAUCCAAACCGGACAAAACAAAGGGCAGACCAAAACGCCAGGAGAGGACCUCACGCGGGUGCGGCUUAUCCGUUCAUCUUUCUCCGACCUCAUUCCCCGGAGGAAAACAAUGGCUCUUCUCUGCUUCAAUUCUUUCACUCUCUCUUCUUCUUCUUGUUCACCGACUUUGGCCUUUACUCCCACCGCCGUUUCCAGGUUGCACCUCAAACCCAUCGACCUGUCUCCAAGGACUUCGAGUGGAAUUCGAGUUGCAACAGCAUUCCCUGUUAAGAAGGUAAGUGCGGUCAUUGUUAGAGCUGCUUCUGAUGAUGCUGAUGGGGAAGCUUCAGCAGCUGAUGAUGGAUCCACGACAGAAAGGAAGGAAGAGGUUGUGCCAGUUGACAAACUUCCCUUGGAAUCGAAGUUGCAGGAAAGGCAAGAGCAGAAGUUGAGGAUGAAAUUGGCGAAGAAGAUAAGGCUUCGAAGGAAAAGGCUUGUCCGAAAGCGGAGACUCAGGAAGAAAGGUAGAUGGCCUCCUUCUAAAAUGAAGAAGUUGAAAAAUGUCUGAACUAGAGCGCAAUUUUUUCUUUGCUGGUUAUAAUUGUCAUUAUUAUUUGUUAUCCGCCUAUCAACAAUCUCUAUCUUAUUAAUCAAAUGCAUUGGUUCUCAAUUCGUUCUUGAA